GAAACGUGUCCAUCCCUAAGAUUCCUCCCGACACCCCCAAUCGCACCCGCACUAAAUUCUCACUGAAUCUUCAAUAAAUAAACAAAUAAUAAAUUAAUUUAACAAAAUCUAUAUAAAUCAUGAAAUCAGUUUACUCCUUCAAAUGAACAGUAACAGACUUUAUAUUCGGGGAAUCGGGAGGUUGUCUGAACCAAAAAAAGCAUACUGCUGAUAGAUUUUCUUUUAAUCUUAUUUUAUGAUUUCGGCUUCGCUUUCUCUUUCUAGGGUUUGCUGCCAUCUCUCCGCUUCCUUCAUCCUCAAGAAACAUGCCUAAGUGUGGUGUGGUGUAGACAUUUUUGUAUGGGUGCAUGGUAGCCUUAGUUGUGUUAAAGGUGUUGGAAGAAUCCAAAUUUUAAUCUGACAUUGUCAAAUGGAUUGUUUGAUUUGUUCUUGGUCAUCCAUGGGGUGUAAGCUUAGUUGUUCAUCUCAUUGAUUUCUCACGUGCAUUCUCCCGUCUCAGAAUUUUAUCCAUCCGAAGUAUUUGUAUUCUGUUCACUUGGUCACUGAUCUGUAAGAAGCUUUACUGUCUGAAAGAGUGCUUCGAAGAUAAGACGAUGGUGGACAUAUAUAAUUAUAGAUACAGUUCAUAAGAAGAUUAAGUUUGGGGCUUUUGGAAAGAGUUUGAUGGAAUGAGAAUAUUCUGCCUCAGUUUUUUCUUAGUGGCCGGAGUUACUAAACUGUUACUGGGAAAUGUUAUGUAAAUAGAUGGUUUACUUAAAUAAAUGUAUGAGCAGAAUGUGAUAAUAGAAUUUGAACAAUGGAUGACUACAGAGAAUCUGAAGCUCUACUUCCCAGCUGGAUUAUUAAAAAUCCAUCUGAAAUGGCUGAAUCCUAUCUUUUUAUUAUCUCUUGCAUCAUUGCUGGUUUGAUAGGAAUUUUGACUAUAUUAUUUACGGCUUUCCAAUGGAGAAGAAAUAUAAACUUAAGUUGGAUGAAAGCCAUUGCAAGGUCAAAAAAAAACCCAAAAGCACGGAAUAAGGUUCCUCUGGCUCGUCAUACAUGGGUUUUGGAAUCUGUGAUUCGAGGAAAAAGUUUGAACUGCUGUGUAUGUUUAAGGUCUAUGUCAUCUUCGCAGUCUCUUGGUCCUGGGGCGGCUUCAGACAUGUUUAUCCACCGUUGCAGCAUAUGUGGUGCAGUAGCUCACUUGAGUUGCUCCUCAAAAGCUCACAAGGAUUGCAAGUGUGUAUCUAUGUUUGGAUAUGGUCAUGUAAUGCAUCAAUGGGCCGUGCAGUGGACAGAGGUGACAGACCAACCUGAUGAAUCUUCUUUCUGUAGCUACUGUGAAGAGCCAUGCAGCGGUUCUUUUCUUGGGGGAUCCCCUAUUUGGUGUUGCCUGUGGUGUCAACGUCUCUUGCAUGUUGAUUGCCAUGGUAGCAUGUUUAAUGAAACAGGUGAUGUUUGUGAUUUGGGCCCUUUUAGAAGGCUUAUUUUAUCUCCACUUCGUGUGAAAGUAUUGAAGAGUAAUUCUGGUGGAUUUUUAAGUUCCAUUACACAUGGGGCCAAUGAGAUUGCAUCUUCUGUACGUGCUACCAUCAGAAGCCGUAGUAAGUACAAACAUGGAACUGAGACCUCUGCCGAUACCAGUAAUAGUAGUAAUUUGAGUGUGUCAUCAACAGAAAGCACCAUGGAGACUAGUCAAACAGUAAUUGGGUCUCAUAAUGUGGAAGAAAACUGCAAUCAGAAUGUGAUCUCGGAAGGAGUGGAUGAAAAACUAGAUGGUGAAGGAAAAGAGAUGGAAAAUAAAGCUAGUUUGAAAAGAAGUUCGUCAAGUAAUCAGAACGGUGAAGUAAAACAGAUCGAGAAGAAACCUAGUUUCAAAAGAAGUUCAUCACUUGACCAGAAGGAUGAAUUUCAGUUACUUGGUAUGAGACAGAAGUAUGAAUUGAUUGAUUUGCCUCCAGAUGCAAGACCUCUGCUAGUUUUCAUCAACAAAAAAAGUGGAGCUCAACGAGGGGACUCACUCAGGCGCCGACUGAACAUUCUUCUUAAUCCUGUCCAGGUCUUUGAGUUAAGCUCGUCACAGGGUCCAGAAGUCGGUCUAUACUUAUUUAGAAAUGUUCCUCACUUCAGAAUCCUUGUCUGUGGUGGAGAUGGCACUGUUGGCUGGGUAUUAAAUGCUAUAGACAAGCAGAAUUUUGUUUCUCCUCCCCCUGUAGCCAUUCUUCCUGCAGGAACUGGAAAUGAUUUGGCUCGAGUACUUUCCUGGGGGGCUGGUUUGGGCUCAGUUGACAGACAGGGAGGCCUUUGCAUGCUUUUGAAUCACAUAGAACAUGCUGCAGUUACCAUCCUUGACCGAUGGAAGAUAUCAAUUUCAAACCAGCAGGGAAAACCACUCCAAGCGCCAAAGUUCAUGAACAACUAUCUUGGAGUUGGAUGUGAUGCAAAGGUUGCUCUAGAAAUCCAUAAUCUGAGGGAGGAGAACCCAGAUAAGUUUUACAAUCAGUUCAUGAAUAAAGUUCUUUAUGCAAGAGAAGGUGCCAAGAGUAUCAUUGAUAGAACUUUUGCAGACUUCCCUAGUCAAGUUCGCGUGGAGGUUGAUGGCGUCAAUAUCAAGGUUCCUGAGGACGCAGAAGGUGUCCUUAUAGCUAAUAUUGGAAGCUACAUGGGUGGUGUAGACUUGUGGCAGAAUGAAGAUGAGAGCUAUGAUAAUUAUGAUCCUCAAUCCAUGCAUGAUAGAGUGCUUGCACUCUCCGUGGCAAUUGUUUCAUGGUGCACAUGCCUCGUCUUAGAACUCUACUGAGUUAAUUAUGUUUUGUUUUGUAUGGAAGGUGAAAUCAAGUUUUCAUAGGAAAGCAUUAUGUUCCGUGCUCCCACCCCAAUUCCCUGGCAGAGCAAAGUGGGAUGGGAAUGUGUGGGGCAAGAUUGGGUCAGACGUUUUUACAGUCAAUAUAUAUGACUUGGUUUAGAGGUGAACCAAAGUUACUCUUCCCUUCUCUCUUUUUAGUUUGUGUUUGUCGUACAAAAGGGAAGAAUAUGUAGAAUCUCGAAUUUGCUGUAUUAGAGAGUAAUGUUAUUCA